AUGGCAAAUGCACAAACACUAAGGGAGUUGGCUGCGCCUAAUUUAAAUCAGCAACCUUUGUGCAUUACUUUUCCAAGUUUAAAUGAUAACACAUCUUUUGAGUUGAAAUCUGGUCUAAUUCACCUCUUACCAUCUUUUCAUGGUUUACCAGGUGAGGAACCCUAUAAGCACUUGCAGGAGUUCGACGUCGUAUGCAACAGUAUGAAGCCCCCGGAAAUCACAGAAAAGCAGAUAAAAAUGAGGGCCUUCCCCUUUUCCUUGAAGGACUCCGCGAAGGACUGGCUGUACUACUUACCACCAGGCGAGUACCUCUACGAGUACUGGGAGAGGUUUAAGAAGCUGUGUAUCAAAUGCCCUCGGCAUCAGAUAAGAGAGCAACUGCUCAUCCAAUAUUUCUAUGAGGGGCUACUUUUUAGAGACAGGAGUAUAAUCGAUACUGCAAGUAGAGGGGCUUUAGUGAACAAGACUCGGGCAGCAUGGGAGUUGAUAGAGGGGAUGGCUGAAAAUUCGCAGCAGUUUGGCACUAGGGAGGAUGUCCCGACACGUAAGUUAGUUGUGGGAAGUGCCUCGCAAGCCAAGGUGUGUGGGGUAUAUGCUGUCUUGGGCCAUUCUACAGAGAUGUGCCCACUAGUUCAAGAAGAAAAUGCAGAGCAGAUGAACAUGGCUGGCCACACGCCUGCGCCAAGAAGGCAGUACGACCCGUACUCAAGUACCUACAAUCCUGGUUGGAGGGACCACCCCAACUUGAGUUAUGGGGGGAACAAGCCAUCUAAUUUCAUGUCGAAUAGACAGCAAGGGCAUCAACAGCAAUACCAGCCUCGCCCAUCACCACCCCCUUCGAACUCAAGUCCGUCUCUAGAAGAAAUGAUGAAGCAACUACUUGCGAAUCAACAGAAGACGGAUUCAGACCUACAAGCAAUGAAAAAUCAGUGGGGACAAGUGCAAUCAUUGCAAACUCAAGUAAAUCAAAUAGCCAUCACGCUCAAUCGGUUGGAGUCCCAAAUUCAAGGAAAGUUGCCAUCUCAACAUGAGUUGAACCCGAAGAAUGUGAGAGCCAUGACCUUGAGAAGUGGCAAGGAGAUCCAAGGACCCGACCCGUUAAUUCCUAAGGACAAUGAUGAAAAUCAAAUUGAGAAAGAGUUGGAAGAGGAGGGCAGAGAUAAUAAAAAUUCAAAGGUAAUCCCGGACCCACUCAUUCCAGCUAGAACCAACCCACCUCCCUUCCCAAGUAGAUUGGAGAAACCAAGGAAUCAGGACAAGGAGAAAGAGGUCCUAGAGAUCUUUCGCAAGGUGGAGAUCAAUAUUCCCCUUUUAGAUGCGAUUAAAUAG